GGAGCCCCAGCUCCCUCAGCCCCCCAUGCACAGCCCAGCCCCACUCUGCUCAGGUCUGUGCGCAGAGCCAGGGAUUAUUCUUUUAAUCAGAGCCUGUAUGGGAAUCGCAUAUAGAUUAUGGGAGCAGGGCAGGGGCAGCCCCAGGCACUGGCUCACAAGCAAUCUCAAUAUCUCAGCGGAGCAGGGAUUAACAGGAGCGUGGGGUGUGCGUGUGUGCGCACCCACCCCAUUCCUUGUCUCCCUUCCAGUCCUUUGACCCUGGGUUGAUUUUUUUGGCUCAUGCUCUCACAUCUCCCCCAUGCCCACUUUCUGCACCUCUCGCCCCACCACAGAAAGCGGCUUUGGGUGCCCACUGUGCCCCUCCAUCAAGGCCCAGGCAAUGGGUUAUUUCCACCGAGUCCAGGUCCACAGCACCCUUGGGUGCUGCACAAGAAGGUCUUCCCACCCCAGUGGCGGUGCCUUCCCCUCCUAAUGCCAUAAUCCAGCCCUUAUCCCGGGUCCUGCUGACCUUGCAGGCGCCGGACCCAGUGCUGGGCACAGUGGGGCGCGGGCACAAUAUCCACCCACCCAUGGCUGCCUUCUUCACGGCCGCUCUGAGGAACCUGCGGGGGGGUGAGGAGGAGCCCAAGGCACCCCCCAAGGAUGGCAAGGCGGCUGCCCUGCCCCACGGCAUGUCCCGCGAGGAGUUCGAGGAGUACCAGCGGCAGCUGCUGGAGGAGAAGAUCGAGCGGGACAAAACCUUUGCGCACAAGAAGGCAGAACGGGCAACUGUGCGCAUGCACCUGCGGGACAAGUAUCACCUUGCCCAGGAUGAGCGGGACGAUGCCCAGCUGCACGUGGUGGGCGGUGCAGUGGAGUUGCCACAGGAGCUGGCUGCCAUGGUGCGUGGUGAGGAGGAGGAGGAGGAGGAAGAGGGCACCUUCGCAUUCCUGACCAAGCUGCAGGACGUGGAUCUGGUGGCACUGAGGGGCCGUGCGCUGGGCACUGUGGAUGAAGUGAAGGAGAAGUGCUCCCUGAUGUAGUGCUGGGCAGCACCAGCAGGGUCAGAGCCCUGGGAGCGGGUGGGUUGUGGAUGUUGUGGGUGCAGUAUGCCAGGCUGGGGGGCCCUAUGCCUGUGCUGGAGGUCAGUUGUCCUUGCCUAAACCAUUCCCUGGGGUUUCUGGGGGCUCGGGGCAGAAACGCUGGGGUCCUUUCCACCCGAUCCCAUCCCCACGGCGUCCCCUGGUGCCACCCCAAGUCCAGCCAGGCAGCAGUCCCAGCACUCCCACCCCCACCUCUGGAAUCUCCUUAGCUGUUCGGAUCAAUAAAAGUGUCAUUUUGUGGGAUCAGUCUCGUGUUCGUGCUGCUGCAUGAUGCCACCAUACCACACAGCACCGCCUGCACCAUCCCCAUCCCAUGCAGUGCCAACACCCCAGAGCUGGGUUGCACUGUAGGCUUUCCCCACCCCACACACUGCCCCACGCCCACAGUCUCACCACCCCAACCCAUGCCUGGACCCCACAGGCUCCACAAGGGGGGAACGCCCCCACCUGGGGGUCCCCACUGUGCCCCCUCCCCCCGCUGCAGGCUCAGCAGCACCGUGGGCUUAAACGCCGCUGCGCGGGCGACUGCCGGAAGGCUGCAGGCUGCUGAGAUCACUAAUACCUGCCUAUUUUAGGGAGGUCUAAUCUGCCUGAAUCGCCUGUCCCCAGGGACUAAGCUCACUGAACCCGUGUAAAAUGCACCGCCAGGGCUGGCCCUGAACGCCACCGCCCGACAGAGCCGGGCCGGACUCACGCUGUGUUCACAUGAAAGGAGGGCCAUGCUCAGCCGCCCCCGGGCUCCCCACACCAGGGCCAUCUGCUCCAGAAAGGCCUGCAGGGCCUGCGGGGCCUGGGGGAUCUGUGGGCCUGCAAGGUCUGUGGGGUCUGCAGGGCCUGUGGGUUCUGUGGGGCCUACAGGGCAUAUGGGGCCUGCAGGGCCUGUUGGGCCUACAGCACAUGUGGGUUCUGUGGGACCUGUGAGGCCUGCAGGGCCUGUGGGGCCUAUGGCUUCUGUGGGGCCUGUGGGGCCUGCAGGGCAUGUGGGACCUGUGGGUUCUGUGGAGCCUGUGGGGCCUAUGUGUUCUCUAGGGCCUGUGGGGCCUGCAGGGCCUGUGGCUUCUGUGGGUUCUGUGAGGCCUGUGGGUUCUCUGGGCUUAUGGGGCCUGAAGGUUCUGUGGGUCUUGUGGGUUUUGUGGGGUCUGUGGGGCCUGCAGGGCAUGUGGGAUGUGGGGGGUGCGUGGGGCCUGAGGAGUGUAUGGAGCCUGUGGGGCACUGUGCCCAUGGCAGUGGGGCGGAACCCAGCACUGCUGGGUUGGAAGUUGCACCGCAGCUCUCAGCUGCCCCAGCACAGCAAACAGGGUUGUGGGGUGUGGGUCCCUGACCCCCGUGUGCUGCUGUAGCAGCGUCUGCCGAAGCCCCCAGGCCUGGUGCUGUGGCUCCAAAAUCCCCACCACCCCCACCACCCCUGCCGUGCAGCUCGUGCAGAACUUCUCUCAUUUGGACACAAAAUCAACCUGAGCUGAACAGGACACGGCUGUACGCCCCCUGGCCCCUUCGUG